GUCUGAGCCCGCCCCAGGGUCCGCCAAGGUGCGUCUCCAGGCAGCUGGGGUCGCCUGGGGCAGAGUGAACAAGGCCGCGCCACCUGCCCUGCUGGCUGCUGCUUUUUAUUUACUAGCAAACACUGUUACCCCGCGGGAGAGUCGGGGAGCGCGCGGGCACACACACACACACACUCACUGACAAACGCGCGCGCGCGCGCACACACACACACACACACACACACACACACGGACAUACAUGCUAGCGAUCUUGUCUUCACAACCGCAUCCCCAAACCGACAGUGCGAAGCUUACUGCGGUUUCUGUUAACCUCAGCAUCGUGGGGAGAAGCAGAACCGUUGUGCAUCAGGGAGCGCCCGGUGCCUGCGCUGCCGCCUCGGGUACAUACAUAACCCAGCAGACCGCUCACCCCAUCGGCUGGAAUGCUUUCAAACUGCUAAGGCUGAGAUCCUGAGGAACCCAGCUGGAGAAUGCCGUCUGAACGCUGCCUGAGUAUUCAAGAAAUGCUGACAGGCCAGAGGCUCUGCCACUCGGAAUCUCACAAUGAUAGUGUCUUGGCAGCGCUGAAUCAGCAGAGAAGUGACGGCAUCCUCUGUGACAUCACCCUGAUCGCCGAGGAACAGAAAUUCCAUGCUCACAAGGCAGUCCUGGCAGCAUGCAGCGACUAUUUCCGGGCAAUGUUCAGUCUCUGUAUGGUGGAAAGUGGAGCAGACGAGGUGAAUUUACAUGGCGUGACCAGCCUUGGCUUGAAGCAGGCCCUGGAGUUUGCAUACACGGGCCAGAUUUUGUUGGAGCCAGGUGUGAUCCAGGAUGUGCUAGCUGCUGGCAGUCACCUACAGCUGUUGGAGCUUCUCAAUUUAUGUUCCCACUAUCUCAUCCAGGAAUUAAAUAGCUUUAAUUACUUGGAUCUGUACAGACUUGCUGACCUCUUUAACCUCACUUUGCUGGAGAAGGCAGUGAUCGAUUUCUUAGUGAAACAUCUCUCUGAGCUCCUGAAGAGUCGCCCAGAAGACGUUCUAACGCUUCCUUAUUGUCUGCUCCAGGAGGUUCUGAAGAGCGACCGCCUGACCUCCCUGAGUGAAGAGCAGAUCUGGCAGCUAGCCGUGAGGUGGUUGGAACACAACUGCCAUUACCAGUACAUGGAUGAGCUCCUGCAGUAUAUCCGCUUCGGCCUGAUGGAUGUGGAUACUCUGCAUACAGUUGCCCUGUCCCACCCCCUCGUCCAGGCAAGUGAAACUGCAACCGCUCUUGUCAAUGAGGCCCUGGAAUACCACCAGAGCAUCUAUGCGCAGCCCGUUUGGCAAACUCGCAGGACCAAACCGCGGUUCCAGUCAGACACUCUGUAUAUCAUUGGCGGGAAAAAGCGUGAGGUCUGUAAAGUCAAGGAACUUCGGUACUUCAAUCCCGUUGACCAGGAGAAUGCUCUCAUAGCUGCCAUUGCCAACUGGAGUGAGCUGGCUCCCAUGCCCGUGGGAAGGAGCCACCAUUGUGUGGCAGUCAUGGGGGACUUUCUGUUUGUAGCGGGCGGAGAAGUUGAGCAUGCUAGUGGCCGGACGUGUGCCGUGAGGACUGCCUGUCGCUAUGACCCCCGUAGUAAUUCCUGGGCCGAGAUAGCACCCAUGAAAAACUGCCGGGAGCAUUUUGUGCUGGGUGCCAUGGAUGAAUACCUCUAUGCGGUUGGGGGUAGAAAUGAACUGCGCCAGGUUCUGCCUACAGUUGAGCGAUAUUGCCCCAAGAAGAACAAAUGGACUUUUGUGCAGUCCUUUGACCGAUCCCUUUCAUGUCAUGCUGGAUAUGUGGCUGAUGGUCUUCUUUGGAUAUCAGGUGGAGUAACUAACACAGCACAAUAUCAGAACAGACUAAUGGUAUAUGAACCUAACCAGAAUAAAUGGAUAAGCCGCAGUCCCAUGCUGCAGAGAAGGGUCUACCAUUCCAUGGCUGCUGUUCAAAGAAAGCUUUAUGUUCUUGGAGGGAACGACUUGGACUACAAUAACGACCGGAUCCUUGUGCGCCAUAUAGAUUCUUAUAACAUAGACACAGACCAGUGGACGCGUUGUAAUUUCAGCCUGUUGACUGGCCAAAAUGAAUCUGGAGUUGCUGUCCAUAAUGAGAGAAUAUAUUUAGUUGGUGGAUAUUCGAUUUGGACAAAUGAGCCUCUGGCUUGUAUCCAGGUAGUGGAUGUAAGUAGAGAAGGCAAAGAAGAAGUAUUCUAUGGGCCUACACUCCCUUUUGCUUCCAAUGGAAUAGCUGCAUGCUUCCUUCCAGCUCCCUAUUUCACAUGCCCUAACCUUCAGACUCUUCAAGUGCCUCAUCACAGAAUCGGGACCAUCUGAAAGGCAAUACUUUGUUAAUAACUAUCAUGAACAGAAGGGAAAGAAAAGCUUCACUUUUGGAUACUGGGCAUGAAAAGACUCAGUACUAAAUGCUUCCUUGUUGUGUAUGUCUUAUAUUCAGAUAAACAUUAGCAAAAAAAUGAACAGUUUUCUAAAAUACAUUACUGAAAACUCCUGUCACCCUUCUCUUUGUGUGUCAAUAUACAAUAUAUAGGACUUUUACUGUGGUGUAGCUUAGUACCAACUUAAUGGUCCAUAAUUGUUCCAUGGGACUUUAAGAGUCUUGUAUACUUUUUCUAAAUCAGUGCUGUCUAGGAAAACAGGACAAUGUUAGUAAGGAAUUUAUUUCACAAGUACUGUCGUCAAUGGUCUUUUAAAAAAAUAUUCAGUAGUUAAUUCCCUUACUACUUAAACCUGGGUUUGUAAUUUUUCUUUUAAAAAUUUAACAUGCAGCCCCACUCGGUAUAGACUCAGCAUUAUGACAUUAUAAAAUUUUAAAUGCCAUAUUUUAUUGAAGGUAAUACGAAUAAUAGAAGUACACCAGAAGAGCAGUUAGAAUACCCAUAUUUUUUGGCUUGGUUAAUCUGCAGCCUGCUAGGUGCUUACCUUUCAGUACUUGUUUUACCACUAAUUUUUAAGGAGGAUAAUUAUUGAUUUCCAUAUUAAUUCAGAAGAAUUUUGUGAAGAUUAGGCAAAUGCUAAGUACUUAAGAAGAAAAAAGUUAUUCAAAUUACAAGGUAUUUUACUGUGUUUAGAACCUUGUUAACUGAAAGGGGAGGUUAUUUUUGAAAUUAAAUAAUUACUAAAUAGAACUUGAAACACAUACUAUGGGAUAAAUGAUUCUGAAAAGCAUGUGAAAGAUAUGCUAAUUAGGAAAAGGGGAGUUUACCAAAGCCAAAGAUUCCCAAGUCUGUACAAAUUCUUGCUUCAAAUAAUAAUUUAAACCUCUCAUUUAAACUCAUUUAGUGAAAAAUGACAUUUAAGCUCAAGAAAAAUUAGUGGUACUAAUUUUGGCAACAUAAAGUGCUCUGACAUAAAUCUGAACCUAGACUUGGUAAUUCUAAUAAAAGUUUUUUCCACUUUGUUAAAGGUUAUGUCAAUCUUGAGCACUUGUGGGAUUCUUUUCCACCACCGAUACAUUAUUUUAUUACUACAAACUUUUAAUAAUGCAUAAGAAUUCUUAUUUAGGUGAGGUUUUUGGAUUUGCUUUGUCUAUAACAAAAAAUAUAUAUAAAAUAAAAAUCAAUCACAUUUGAACAUAAAUUCAGGAAGUAUAACAUGAGUUUUUCCCUUUUCUGAAUCUUGUUAGAAUCUAAGUCACCUUUACUAAAAGGGAGACUAUACACUUUUUUUCCUUCAGCAUAGUUUAAUUAUUCAGCAAUCUUUAUCUUAUAGGAAACUGUCAUUUUAUUCAUGGAACCACUUUCAGUAAUCAGAAGUGAAUAAAAAC